AGAUGAGUUUUGUUUUGUUGGAUAAAUUCACGAGAUGAUCAAGGAAGGCAAAAAAGGAAAAAACAAAAGGAAAGAGAAGUUUGUGUUGAGGAUAAUAGUAAGAGGGGCUUAUCGCAUGUUUGCUUCACGCAAACAACUAAAUAUGUGGGGGUUAACCCUUUGCUCCCUCGCGUGGCUUUAAAGACUUCUUCUAUAUAUCCUUUUUUAAAUUCAUCAUUAAAAAUACUAACACCCACCAAACCCUAAAUUCCUACAAUACAAACACACACACCAGCCUUCAUUCCUUCUCUUCUUCUUUUCCUCCUUCUCCUUCUUCCAUGGUGAUUUAACCUAAUCACUUUCCUCUCAACACCUUGGAAACUCAUGAUCUUACACUAACCACAAACCAAAGAAAAAAAAAACGCUAUAGAAGUAUAACCCUUUUAAAGAUGAGUAUAAACUCUAGUUGUAGCAUAAGUGGUGGAAGCAGUAGUGGUGGAAACAAUAACGGUGCCGGUGGUAGUGGCGGUAACAAUGGUGGUGGUAGUCCUUGUGGUGCAUGCAAAUUUUUGAGGCGAAAGUGCGUGCCCGGUUGCAUCUUUGCUCCGUACUUUGAUUCGGAGCAAGGUGCCACGCACUUUGCCGCUGUGCACAAGGUUUUUGGUGCCAGUAACGUUUCCAAGUUGCUCCUCAACAUUCCGGUGUAUAAGAGGCUUGAUGCGGUGGUCACAAUUUGCUAUGAAGCUCAAGCAAGGCUUAGAGAUCCCGUGUAUGGUUGUGUUGCUCAUAUCUUUGCUCUUCAGCAACAGGUGGUGAGUUUACAAGCAGAACUCUCCUACUUACAAGGCCACCUUGCAACCCUAGAGUUACCCCAACCACCACCACCACCACCUUCUUCUCCACAAGCAACCACCAUGGCACCUCCAGUGAUCUCAAUAGCUGAGCUCCCAUCUACAGUUCCAGCCACAUAUGAUCUCUCUUCACUUUUUGAUCCAAUGGCACAAAGUCCUUCAUGGGCCGUGCAGCCAAGGCCCAUAGAGUCACGUCAAUAUGUGGGUAGUGGGCCUAGUGGCCCAUCGGCUACUAGUGCUAGUGGUGGUGAUCUUCAAGCAUUGGCUCGUGAGCUUUUGCAUAGACAUGGAUCUGCCCCAGUUGUUGCAUGCUCUAAUCCCUCCUACUCUCACCCGAUUUCCAAAUGAAUCUUUGACCUAAUCAAUCAACUAAUCUUUGUCUUCGGUUGAUUUGUGGAAUACUAGGAAUUCAAGAGACAUUAAAUUUUCAAUGUUUCAUAUGAGAAAGUAAUUAAUAUAAUGGUUCUUUAUAUC